GGUUGCGCAGGACGGCGGCUCUGCCAUGGACGACGAUCCCCCGGGCGAGGCGGCCUCCGAGGGGCCCUGCGCCGCCGUGUCCCUGCAGGUGGUGGCGGCGGCCGCCUGGCACGUGGUUCGCGGGCGAAGCUUCUCGGACUUCCCGCGGGUCCUGACCUUCCUGCAGAACGUGGCGGAGACGGCGCCGGAGCUGGUUCCCUUCCAGCACCUGGUCAAGCUGCGCCUGGGGCUGCAGGCCAAGAUUAUCAUGAACAUGUUUCAGGAAGAUCAGCCCCAAGAAAUAAUAUACCAUGCUAUGGAUAUCUACUUCCCGGAGAAUGAGGCUCCACUCUGCCACUCCAAAGCAACAGCUCAGGACCUGGAGGUGGUACAAAUAGUCCAAGAAAACUUCAGAAUUCUGGUACUGAAGUUGCUGGGUGACUGCACACAGAAGGAAAUAUAUGUGCAGAAAUACCUGGAGUUGGAUUACGGGGAAGCUUUCAUGAAAGUGGUGGAGAAACUCUUCUGCGAUUAUCUCUACGAGUUGGAACAAGUCCUCCCGGAUCCUCAAUUCCAGAUGCUGUUGGAGGCUGCCAGCAUCCAAACCCCCAGCCAGCUUCCCCAACCCAGUGCCACCAUUCUAAACCAGUACCUCAGCGCUAUCAGAUACCAGCAGGCUUGUUAUGCCGAAGCCCCCACCUCCCCUUCGCAUCCCUCAUGCACCCCACGCCAGAGCGAGGACAAGGACUCCUAUACCUCGCCUUUCUCCUCCCCAGGUGGGAGCUGGAACAUGGACUCUUCUACCUGCAUCUCGGAAGGGGACUCGCACUGUCAGUUCUUGGAAACAUCUGAAGAUCUGGUGCCAGAUUCCGAAAGAAGUACCUCCCCUUUCCAGGGUGAAUACCAGGGAACCUAUCUCUACACCCUCAUCCCCACCUUUCAGGAUUACCUCAGGGAGAGCAGCAGCCAGUUGAAUAGUUCUCCGUUAUGACUGACAUCUCCAGAAGUGUGAUGGCUACCCCCUCCCACUAAAGACUCCCGAAGCCCAGCGUUUUGCCGACGGUUUUAGAACUUUAUUCAAGAAAAUGUGUGGGGAGGGGGGGAAAGCCUUGCGGUUUGGUUCAUCGGGCCAGCGGAAGAGGAAUUGGGCAACACAGUGCCCGCCCGUAUCUCAGGCUAAGACCACGGUCGAGCGGCCGGCAUUUUUCUCAAGUUGGUCUCAGGAACGUCCACGAUGGGACUGCAACAAGUAGAAUGUUUGAAAGGAAUAAAAGGGUUUGCAGAUA